UCCAACUAAUCCUACCAUUUCAAAUUUUUUUUUCUUAGGGCUACCAUACUCAGUUGAUGGACUGUAGUCUCUCCCUUCACAAGACCGCUCGAACGCUGCCGUUUUUACCUUUCGCGGUAAAAUCCAAAGCUCCCAAUUCUUUCCCUCCUAAUAAUUUCACCGCCCGUAAGUCCCUCGGACAAAGUCUCGUUGUUGCGAGGGCAGGGCCCAGUCACUGUGAGUUUAGUAGCAGCCCGUUGAACACGCCGAUCGAGUUGAACUCGGCGGCCGGCAAGUUUUUAAGCAGCGUGUUGCAGAACCAACGGCAGUUCUUCAAUGUCGCGGUUUCGGAUGAGUUGAAACAGUUGGCUGAUGAUCGUGACGCGGCCGUUACUCGGAUGUUCCUGAGCACUGGCUCCGAUGAAGCCUCACUUCAUAGAAGGAUUGCCCAGUUGAAAGAACAUGAAUGCCAAACUGCUGUUGAAGAUGUUAUGUACAUGUUAAUAUUUUACAAGUUCUCUGAGAUCAGAGUUCCAUUGGUACCAAAGCUCUCUAGAUGCAUCUACAAUGGAAGACUAGAAAUUUGGCCUUCAAAGGUUUGGGAGCUAGAGUCCAUUCAUAGCUUGGAGGUUUUGGAGAUGAUAAGGGAACAUAUCUCUACUGUUGUUGGCUUGAGAGCUAAUUCCAGUGUCACAGACAAUUGGGCAACAACUCAGAUACAACGAGUCCACCUCGGCCAUUUAUAUGCUGCCUCAAUCUUAUAUGGGUACUUCCUUAAGUCAGCUUCAUUAAGGCACCACUUGGAAUGUAGUCUUGCGUUAGCACAUCAAAAUCUUCAUGUUAGUAAUAGGAACUCCCUUCAGUUCCCAGAAAUGUGGCCAUAUGGAAUGAAAAAUCUUGUUUUUGGCCGGGUUAACAACAUAGAAUCUUUUUCUUUGGGUCAAGGGUCAACUAAACUGGAAUCAAAGAGAGAAAACUUGAAGUGUUAUGUCAUGGGGUUUGACCCAGAAACAUUGCAGAGAUGUGCAAAACUGAAAUCUAAGGAAGCGGUAAAUUUGAUUGAGAAGCACAGCUGUUCACUCUUUGGGGAUGGAAAGAAAGGUUUGCUUGAGACUGAUGAGGUGAUCUCGACAUCAUUUUCAAGCAUGAAGAGGUUGGUUUUGGAGGCAAUUGCGUUUGGUUCAUUUCUUUGGGACACAGAAGAAUACGUUAACUCUGUGUAUAAGCUACAGGAAAACUGAUGAGAGAGAUAGGGAACUAUAAAUAAAGGUGGAGGGGGUUGUGUUUUUUUUGUUUUGUACAUAGGAGUUGGAAUCUCUACUUUGGUUUUGUGAGCACCCUGUGAUUUCCGGUUUCUGCUUGUACAGUGUAUAAAGUUUAUUAAAUAAUAAACAGUUGUAAAAUCUGUUUCUACUGUUAUUUGUUUGUAAUUUUCGUGUCAUCAAUUAUUGCAUAGUUAAGUUUGGGGCCAUGUGCAAUUUUGGGGAUCUUCAUCUGGUUCGGUAGUUGAAGUAACAAACUGUGAAACUCGAGUUUGCCCGUUUGGUUCU